GGUUUCCCUCUCCUCUCCUUCUUGUUCUUCUCUCCUCCUCUGCAGCUCUGAAAUCCAACCAUGGGUGACUGGAGCUUCUUGGGAAACAUUCUAGAGGAAGUGAAUGAGCACUCCACUGUGAUUGGUCGGGUGUGGCUGACCGUGCUCUUCAUCUUCCGCAUCCUCAUCCUGGGCACAGCGGCGGAGUUCGUGUGGGGCGAUGAGCAGUCGGACUUCGUGUGCAACACGCAGCAGCCCGGAUGCGAGAACGUCUGCUACGACGAGGCCUUCCCCAUCUCGCACAUCCGCCUGUGGGUGCUGCAGAUCAUCUUCGUGUCGACGCCGUCGCUGGUCUAUGUGGGCCACGCCGUGCACCACCUGCACAUGGAGGAGAAGCGCAAGGAGCGCGAGGAGGCCGCCGAGCUCCUGAGCCGCCCGAUGGAGGCCACGGAGGACCGCCCUCCCUUGGCGCCCGACCAGGGAAGCGUCCGCACCACCAAGGAGACCAGCGCCAAGGGCAGCAAGAAGUUCCGGCUGGAAGGCACGCUACUGCGCACCUACAUCUGCCACAUCAUCUUCAAGACGCUGUUCGAGGUGGGCUUCGUGGUGGGCCAGUAUUUCCUGUACGGCUUCCGGAUCCUUCCGCUGUACCAGUGCAGCCGCUGGCCCUGCCCCAACACGGUGGACUGCUUCGUGUCUCGGCCCACUGAGAAAACCGUCUUCAUCCUCUUCAUGCUGGCCGUGGCCUGCGUCUCACUCUUCCUCAACUUUGUGGAGAUCAGCCACCUGGGCCUGAAGAAGAUCCGCCUGGUCUUCCGGAAGCCUCCGCGGGGCCAGGGGGAAGGGGAGGGGGAUGGAGAGGGUGGACCGCUGACCCAGAGGGGCCUGCCCUCCAUCGCCUCCCCCAUCCUGCGGUCCAAAGGGUACCGGCUGCUGGAGGAGGAGAGGGCCACGCCUCACUACUACCCCCUGACGGAUGUGGGUAUGGAGGCAGGGAGGGUGCCAACAUCUCUGCUGCUGCUGGAGAGAGCCUGCCAGGCUACCACAUCAGUGCCCACUGAAGACGUCUCCAAAGUCUACAACGAAACACUGUCGUCUUAUGCCCAGACCACUGAGUUAUUUGAAGAGAUCCUGGAGGAGGAAGAGGAAGAGGAGGAUGAGGAGGAGCAGGUGGCACAGGCAGAGGGUUUAGGAGGCAUGGCAGCAGAAGGACAGGAGGGAGGGGAAGUGCCAGGGCUUCUGUCACCGGACCCCGUGGAAGACUUCACCGGGGAGAUACCGGAGGUUGCUGAUGAGGUGGACGGGAGAGUGACGGAGGUCGUGUCGGAGGUCGUAACCCUACAGACAAACUCAGAGGAUCUAGAGGGGCUGAUCUGGGAGAUCCGGAAUGACCUGCCUGACGAGACGGGCACAGUCUAA